AACUAAAUUCCUGCCUGUCAGAUGUAGGCCCCAUUUUGUGCACUCAAGCUUCAAGCUGUUGCAAAAAGGUCAGUCAGCAAUGGCUGCAGCAGAAAUUCCCAGUUACAUUGUCUCUUCUCAGACUGAGAAACACAGAAGGGCCAGAAACUGGACUGAUGCAGAAAUGAGAGGUUUAAUGCUGGUCUGGGAAGUUUUUGAUGAACUGAAACAAACUAAAAGGAAUGCCAAAGUUUAUGAGAAAAUGGCUAACAAACUCUUUGAAAUGACUGGAGAAAUUCGCCACGGAGAGGAAAUAAAGAUAAAAAUUACAAAUAUGACAUUCCAGUACAGGAAAUUAAAAUGCAUGACUGACAGUGAAACUGUUGCACCUGACUGGCCUUACUACAAAACCAUUGAUAGGAUUUUAUCCAAAGUGACAGACCACAGCGAUGUGAAAAUGCAUGAAAAUCAGCAACCAGGUCCUUCUACAUCACAGACGGAGGCCUCACAGUCUCCAUCAGCUAAGUCAACGCCUCUGUAUUUGCCAUAUAACCAGUUUACAUACGAAGGAAGGGAAGAGUGCUUUGAAGAUGAACAUUCAGAGAGCUCAUCAAGCUUACUUUCUUACAAGCUGAGAACUGAAGAAAGACCAGUUAAGAAAAGAAAAAUGCAAAGCUGCAGCUUUCAAAAGAAGAAGCUAAAAUUAAUGGAGGCCAUGUUGGAAGAACAGAAGAAGUUAAGCAGAGCUAUGGAAGAAACCUGUAGAGAAGUGCGCAGGAUUCUGGAUCAACAAAACAUCAUUCAAGUUCAAAGCUUACAGCUACAGGAGAGAAUGAUGAAUCUACUGGAGAAAAUGAUUUCCAAAUCCAACGUGUAGUUUCCCCUUGUGAAUGCCUCUGAGAUUAUUAUUGAUAUUAUAGACAUCCCCUUGCUACACACCUUAUGUGUGUCUGUUGCCCUAUUCCCUGAUUUUCCAUGGAAAUUAAAACCUUAGUGUAAUCUUAGAUAAGCAAAGAGAAAAGAUAAUGCAGUGUGAGGGCUAUCUGGCAUGAAACAAAAAAUAGUGCAAUAUAUGCCUAAGUUGAAUUAUUUUUAUACAGAAAGGAUAAGGGAUGAAGCUCUGGGAACUUUGGUACUAUUAUGCCUAUGUCAGGUAUUGUUUUACAAACAGAUGUGUUGUAUAUUUCUUCACAUCAAGGACCGUACCCUGACCUGUUGUAGGGGAACAGAGUAAUGUGUUCCUAGAAAUGCUAAUUGCAUCUUGACUUUGCUGAUGAUUAAACCUUGUUUUGAAACAUGGACAGUGAUUGUUCAAGUGACCUAUGGUUCUUGUGAAGAGCUACUUGGGAUGACGAGAUGCAUCCUUUUAAACUCCAUGCCUGGUAUGAAUAGUACUCUAAAGUAUGAGGGUAAAAAUAGUCUAUUCAAAUACAGUUUUCAUAAGCAAAUGAACAAAUCAUUACUAUAUACUGAAUACUAAAAUGUAUAGAAGAUACUUGAAGUUGCUUUUGAUAUUAAAUGUUUAAUUUUUUUCAUUAUUA